CAAAUGCAGGGGAACAGAAAUUCGUUCGUUCCACUUGUCUCGUAUUAUACUAUUAUCCUCUUCGGCUCUUCGCUCUCUGUUCGUCCGGUUCUUCGCCCUCGCCGCACGGAAGCGGCAUUUUCCCCGUCUCCGUGCUGCAAAUUUUGGCCGCUCUAAUGGCGAUUAGAGUCCCGUCCAUGGAGCUCCACCGCUCCGCGCCCUUACUCCCCGGUGGCCGAGGGAAAACAUGCCUUCGGAAGCCUUUCCUUGUCCAAGCAAAGAGAUCAGGGGGUUUGGAGAAAGCAAAUACGAGGUCACGAGGAACACAAAGUUCUGGACAACCAAAGAAAAGUGCACCCCUGACACGAGGGACUGUUAGUGCACCCCUUCCAGUACCAGGAAACAUACCUCGACCUCCUUAUGUCGGCACAAAUGAUGUGCCAGAGAUAGCAAAAGAGAUACAAAUGCAUGACAAAGAGAGCAUUGUCCACAUGAGAGCUGCUUGCGAGCUUGCUUCUUGUGUCCUUGAAUAUGCGGGAACAUUAGUGAAACCCUCAGUAACAACAGACGAAAUUGAUAAAGCAGUGCACAAGAUGAUCAUUGAUGCUGGAGCCUAUCCAUCCCCACUUGGAUAUGGUGGGUUUCCAAAAAGUGUAUGCACAUCGGUGAACGAGUGCAUGUGCCAUGGAAUUCCUGAUUCACGCGAACUACAGGAUGGAGACAUUAUUAACAUUGAUGUCACUGUCUACUUGAAUGGUUAUCAUGGGGACACAUCAAAAACAUUUUUUUGUGGAGAAGUUGAUGAAGCUAGUAAACGACUUGUGAAGGUUACUGAGGAGUGCUUGCUCAGGGGCAUAUCUACCUGUAAACAUGGUACCAGCUUUAAAAAGAUUGGCAGAAGAAUAAGUGAGCAUGCAGAGAGGCACGGAUUUGGCGUUGUGGAAUGUUUUGUUGGGCAUGGAGUUGGCAGAGUAUUUCAUUCGGAGCCAAUUAUAUAUCACCAGCGUAACAACAAACCGGGUCAAAUGGUUGAAGGGCAGACAUUCACAAUAGAACCGAUCCUAUCCACGAGGAGCAUCGACUGCGACUUGUGGGACGACGGCUGGACGGCCGUCACGACGGACGGCAGCUUGGCCGCGCAGUUUGAGCACACCAUACUGAUCACCAGGACCGGCGCAGAGAUCCUCACCAAAUGCUAGGGAGAUUACCACUGAUCUGUGUUCCUGCAUCCGUAUAGAUUCUUGUAGCUCGGUACUCGAUUGUUUUGCUGUACAAAAUACGCGAAACUGCAAGGGCAAUUUUAGCCAAAGAAGGUGCUAGGCUUCCGGGCCUGGAGAGUUUGGUUCGCGUGGUGCCGUGGCUCGGCGGGUGCCGGAUGUGCGGCGCGGCGCGGCGCAGUACUAGUAGGGGCAGCGGCCGCGCCACACGAGCAACACCAGCCGUUGCCUCGGUGGACGGUGGGAGUAGGGGAAUGCAAUUUCACAAAGUUGUGCGUA